AUGGAUACAACUUUAUUAGUGUCUAGUUGCCUUAGUCAAUGGAUUAUAGACACCGGGGCAACAAACCAUAUGGUAGCUGAUAAAAAACUACUAGAUGAAAGGACAGUAAAUAAAUCAAACAAUCCAAAGAAAGUUUUACUUCAUAAUGGAGAUAUUACAACUGUCACUCAUAUAGGAACAAGUUCUAUAUUAGAAAACACAACCCUUUUCCCUGAUUUUUGUGUAUUUCAAGAACUCUUCACUGGGAAGGUGAAGGGGAUUGGUAAAGAGAAUGCUGGAUUAUAUCUUCUAUACACUAAUACAGCUGAAAGGAACAAAAUGGUAGCUUUGAUUGCAAAGGAAAAUGAUACAAAUAAAAGUGAAUACUCAGAUAUAGUUCUGUGGCAUAGGAGAUGUGGUCAUGUAUCCACCCAGACUCUUAAGAAGAUAUUACAUAUAGAUACUGAUACUAUUAGAAAUAGAAUAAAUAAGUGCACUCAUUUUUUCAGAUAUGUAAAAACACAGUUUGAUACAACAGUAAAAAUUAUAAGAACAGACAAUGGAUCAGAAUUUGUGAACUCUGUGUGUGAACAAAUGUUUAAAGAAUUAGGAACAAUACAUCAAAGAACCUGUGUGUAUACACCUCAGCAGAAUGGUGUAGCUGAGAGAAAACACAGACAUAUAUUAGAAGUCACAAGGGCUAUUAGAUUUCAAGCUCAAAUACCUAUUACAUUUUGGGGUUACUGUGUUUUAGCUGCUGUAUAUCUAAUAAAUAGAAUGCCUAGUAUUGUUAUUGGAAACAUGUCUCCAUUUGAAAGACUACACAAAAGAAAGCCAUCACUUAUGCAUCUUAGAAUAAUAGGAUGCCUUUGCUUUGCAAAAACAGUACAAGAGCAUGAUAAGUUAAUGCCUAGAGCUAAGCUAGCUAUUCAUAUGGGAUAUUCAGAAAUCCAGAAAGGAUAUAUUUUAUAUGAUCUUACUACAAAUCUUUCUUCACAAGCAGAGAUGUUAUAUUUAGAGAAGAUGUUUUUCCAUUUACAAUAA